AGACAGGUGCCUUCAGUUCAUUCUCACUAAGGGGGCAGUUCCCUGAGUGAGAGCUUCCAGUGAAAGAGAGGGGGAGAGAGAGUGUGUGUGUGUAUGUAUGUAUGUGUGUGAGUGAGUGAGAGAGAGAGAGAGAGUGUGGGGGGAUUUUUUUUUCUUUUUUUCGUGCGCCGUCAUUCACUGGCUGGAUGGCGUGGGACAGGUGCUGCAACCAGGAGUCUUCGUGGAGUGACAUAGAGGUGAGCUGCUGUAAAAAAACGAGUGCUCUGUGAACUGCUGUAGGGGUCGGAACGUUUUCAGGAAGAUGGACCAUGGAGAUCCUCACAGACUGGUGUGCUGCUCUGGUUGGUGAAGACCAGCCACUUUGCUCCGAUCUCCCCGAGCUCGACCUCUCUGAACUGGAUGUCAGUGACCUGGAUGCAGACAGCUUCCUGAGUGGACUCAAAUGGUACAGUGACCAAUCAGAAAUCAUUUCCAGUCAGUAUGGCAAUGAAUCUUCAAAUUUGUUUGAGAAGCUAGAUGAGGAAAAUGAGGCCAAUUUGCUGGCAGUUCUUACUGAAACCCUGGACAAUAUCCCGGUGGAUGAAGAUGGACUGCCUUCAUUCGAUGCGCUGGCAGAUGGGGACGUGACCAGUGCCAGCAAUCUUAGCCGCCCAUCAACACCCGAUGGCUCCUCUCCAGUCCCAGAGGCAGAAGAGCCGUCUCUAUUGAAGAAGCUUCUGCUGGCACCUGCCAACUCGCAGCUUAGUUAUAAUCAAUACACAGGUGGCAAUGCGCAGACUAAUCCUAGGAUGAGGCCAGCCCCUGCUGUUGUCAAGGCUGAAAGCAUUUGGAACAGCAAACCAAGGGUCACCUGCCAGCAGCAGUCGAAGCCACAGAGGCGCCCAUGCUCUGAGUUACUCAAAUACCUAACUUCUAGCACUGAGCCUACAGAGACCAAACCCAGGGAACUGAAAAGCAACAGCAAGGACAAAAACGGCACAGUCUACUCUUUGGCCUCUUCUUCCUCCUCCUCCACUUCCUCUUCCUUCAAAAAGAAGUCACAGCUGCCACCUCAGCAGCCACCGCAUCACCAGCCAGAAGACCUCCCACACUACUUCAAACAGGAAAACCAGCAAUGCAGGCUUUCAGACAGCAAGUACUUCGACGAUGAGGUCCACACACAGUUAGCCAAACCAACCACCUUGCCUCUUCCUUUGACCCCAGAGUCUCCAAAUGACCACAAAGGAUCUCCAUUUGAGAGUAAAACCAUUGAACGUACAUUGAGUGUUGAGCUUUCUGGAACAGCAGGUCUGACACCUCCCACCACCCCUCCUCACAAAGCCAACCAGGAUAAUCCUUUCAAGCCAUCAAUAAAAACCAAGUUGCCCUCAUGCAACAUUUCGUCCCUGCCAUGCAAAAAGCCUCAUUACAACAGUACCAACAGUUGUUCUUUGGUAACAAACCCAAUUAAGAAGGGUCCAGAACAAACAGAACUGUAUGCCCAUCUCAGCAAGGUUCCAGCAUUACCGGUUGGGUCAGAGGAGCGAAAGGUAAAACGAUCUAAUACACGCUUGUUUGGUGACCACGAUUAUUGCCAGUCUUUAAAUAUAAAGGGGCAAGUUUCCCUUAACCGGCUGCAGGACAGUCAAGAAGGCAGGCAUCAAGAAUGUAAAGACUUCUCUUUAUCGCCUGUGAAGCAGGAAUGUGCAUUUCUACCAGGCCAAGGCCAGCAGUUCAACAAAGAAGGAGAGCAACAUGAAGGUGGUUCUUUAGAGUGCUGUCACUCAAAUAGUAGGAAGCUACUUAAAGACCAAGAAAUUCGUGAGGAACUAAAUAAGCACUUUGGUCACCCCCAACAAGCUGUCUUUAGCAAGGAGGAGGAAAAGUUUAAUAGUACUCAGACAGAAACUAACUCUGGUGAUGAGUAUUGCUGUAAACUGUCUGGGUAUGUCCAACCUGGACUACCACUGGAAGGAGUGUUUGAUGAUAGUGAAGAUGAGAGUGACAAGUUCCUGUAUCCCUGGGAUGUGACGCAUUCAGACCUGUUAUUUGAAGGGUCCCCUUCCUGUUCACCUUCGAGUUGUUCCCCAUCCCGGAGUUCAGUUUCCCCUCCCAAAUCGCUUUUCUUUUCAGAGCGUCUUCACCGUUCCAGAUCAACAUCGCAGUCUCGAUCCAGGACCAGGUCUUACCAUCGACACUGGUCCUGCUCGAGAUCACCUUACUCCAGAUCAAGGUCACGAUCCCCCUACAGCAGGUCUUUGUCACGCACCCGCUGUGACAACGACUCAGGUCAUAACAGACCCAGAUCCCACAGAAGUCCACAUUCAUAUUCAAGAUCACGAUCCAGGUCUCCCUAUAAUCGAAGACCAAGGUAUGAUAGUUAUGAAGAAUACCAGCAUGAGAGGUUAAAGAGAGAAGAGUAUCAACGAGAUUACGAGAAGCGUGAAUUUGAAAGAGCUAAACAGAGAGAAAGACAAAGGCAAAAGGCAAUUGAGGAAAGGCGUGUUGUGUAUGUGGGUAGACUAAGGUCUGAUAUAACCCGGACAGAGCUGAAGCGUCGCUUUGAAGUUUUUGGUGAAAUCGAAGAGUGCACUGUAAACAUGAGAGAUGAUGGAGAUAAUAUUGGUUUUAUCACCUACCGCUAUACAUGUGAUGCCUUUGCUGCCCUUGAAAAUGGACACAGCUUACGUCGGCUCAAUGAACCUCAGUUUGAGUUGUGCUUUGGGGGAUGCAAGCAGUUCUGCCAAUCAAAUUACACAGAUUUAGAUUCCCAUUCAGAUGAUUUUGAUCCUGCUGCUACUAAAAGCAAGUACGACUCCUUGGAUUUUGAUAGCUUGCUGAAAGAGGCUCAGCGUAGUCUGCGCAGGUAACUAAUCUAAAACUUGCCAUAGGCAGAGGGAUUCAUAAUACCUCAUGGAUGUUCCGUCCUUCAAGAAGUAAAACUGUCAUGAAUUUUACACUCUUAUGUAUGGAAGAAAAAAUAUAUAUAUAUAUAAAUAAAUAUAUAUCUUCGUGAAAAUAAAGUUUACAUGAACACAGCUGCUGAGGAACUGAAAAAGAGUGAUUAUCAAACAACAGUGAUGAAGUCAUCCAGACAACCAAUAAGCCGUCAUACCGAAACCAAUAGUUCAGUACAUUAGUACAUAAAAAAUGUCAACGGAAGAUCUUCCAUGCUCCUGCAAAUAGCUCUGUGACUGGUGGAAAUGUGCAGCUUGUUCAGUUUAUCUUUUUUUCUUUUCCCUGAUGUUUUGGAUGUGGUGUUACAUUAAGUAAUAAGAGUUGGGAAUAAAUACAAGGGUUUGUUUGUUUGGUUUUUUUUUUUUCAGACUUUUUUUGGACUAAAUUCUGAAAAAGCAAAAUAUAGUUGCAGAAGAGCAAAUUAAAUGGAGUAUUUUUUAUUUUGUGUACAUAAAAUGACAAAGUUGUUUAUUUGUUACAGCUAUGCACUGUAAAAAUGCAGCCUUCUUUUCAAUGAUGCUGAAGUUUUCUUAAUCAAGAAUGUUAAAUUGCAGUUAUUAAAAUGUUGAAAUCUUAUAUACCCCAAAUCAUUUGAAGAACUAAAGAUGUGCUGAUAUGAUUGUAUGACAAUGCGAGUGUGGGUCAGAGGUUUUUUUGUUUAGUUUUUUUUUUUUUUUUACUUUUCAUUCAAGGUUGUCAAUGUCCUUUAACCCUGUUUAAUGUGGUUGGAGUAUCAUUUUUGGCUUCAAACUUGCCGAAUCAGUAUUUUAUCUCUUUCACUUGUGUAAAGUACAUCUUUCUCAGUUUGAAGUUUCUUGUUGGUUUUGUAUUUUUUUAAAAUUAUGUGAAGCUUUCCAGUGGCUAACCAUGGAAAGAACUGUUUGUGUGUGUUUAUGUGCUAUAUAUAGUACAGUAAUUUAAUUCAGCUUUACUAAAUGAAGAUGUUGAUAAUCAUUAGUUGCAUUCACCUAUGUUCAUGGCAAUCAGUCAUGCAAAACAAAUUCAUUCAGUAUCAUCAUGAAUCAAGUGAUCCUCCUAUCAUGAUGCUUCUCCACCUUGUAUGUUUAUUUUAGGUUAUUUUUCCUAACCCUCUCAUUAGCAUAAACCUUUACUGGGCUGUAAGUAUUUUGUUUCUGGGCCGUAUUUAUCUGUAUUUAUUUUUUACUUAAAAAGUUUUAUAAAAAUAUCUACUUGGAACAUACAGAGCGUAAUGCAUUUAACUAUUUAUUCUGUUAAUUAUUUAAUUUUUUUAUUUAAUAUUUGAGGAUAAAAAUGUCACAGAACAUGCAUAAAUGGGGCAUAGUGCUAUUUCAUGCCUUAUUAUAAAUGACAGAGCAACAGCUAAAGUUUCUAUUUUCAUAAAAAGCACUAUGUUAGCCACUUCCCAUGCUUACUUACAAAUGUUUCCUGCUCCACUUAUCUGUGCAUUCUGCUUCAAGUUCAGCAUCUGUUGCUUGUAGGAUUUUCUGGCUUAUAUUUGCUUCUGAUUUUCUUUUUUUAAUUAUAGUGUUUAAAGCAAUAAGGGUUAAAUGGUUUUCACAGGUACUUUGUGUUCCUAGCAUAAUGCUCUGGGUGUUUUAUAGAUAAGUUGCUUGAUAAUGUGAAUGCCAAACAGAGGUUUACAGUUUUCUUUCCUGGAUUUUUAAAUCUUAUCUUUGUUGUAUAUAUAUAUAUAUAUAUAUAUAUAUAUAUAUAUAUAUAUAUAUAUAUAUAAAUUAUAAUAGUAAUAUUGAAAACAGGAAACGCAUAACAAAAAAAACAAACAAAAGCAAUAAAUUAUUUUUUAAAAAAUUCAAAAGCUAGCUUAUGUUUAUGUGGUCCUGUACCAGGCACGUUACCCAGUUUGCUCACAGACGUUUUCUAGGAGUUCAUUCCAGUCUGUCAUAACACAAUUUUUAAUUUCCUGCCCAUAAUUUUGAGCUCAUCGAUAUUCAAUGCAAAUUAUCUAAAGAUGUGUUGGCUAUGCUGUGUCACAGUUAUUUCUAUGCCUCUCUUUGUGGUCUGCCUUUUGUCUCUCUCUUUUCUAUCUUAUAUUUAUGUAAAAAUAUAUACAAUAUGUGUGUAAGUAUAUAAUAUAUAUACUGUACACUGAUCAGCCACAACUUUAAAACUACCUGCCUAAUAUUGUUUAAGUCCCCCUCAUGCCGCCAAAAUAGCUCUGACCUGUUGUGUCAUGGACUCCACAAGUCUUCUGAAGGUGUCCUAUGGUAUCUGGCACCAAGAUGUUAUCAGCAGAUUCUUUAAGUCCUGUAAGUUGUGAGGUGGGGGCUUAUUUUUCUAGCACAUCCCACAGGUGCUUGAUUAGAUUGAGAAAUGAGGAAUGUGGAAACCAAGUCAACAAUUUGACAUCUUUCUCAUAUUCCUCAAAGUAAUGUCCACAUGAAGGUCACAACCCAAAAUCUUCAAGCAGGAUAUUGCCCAGGACAUCAUACAAGCUCUCCUGGCUUGCUUUCUUCUCAUAGUGCAACCUGCUUCCAACUCUUCCCCAGCUAAAUGAUGUAUACACACCCAGCCAUCCACUUGAUCUAAAAGAAAACAUGAUUUGUCAGACAGGGCUACCAUUUUCCAGUACUUCCGUGAUCCAUUUUAGGUGCUUUAAGUGGUGGACAGGGUUCAGCAUGGGCACUCGGACUGGUCUGUGGUUAUGCAGCCCCAUGUGCAGCAAGUUGCGAUGCACUGUGUGUUCUGACAUCUCUCCCUCAUGGCCAGCAUUACAUUUUUCAGCAUUUUCUGCUAUGGUGGCCCUUUCGUGGUAUUGGAGCAGACCGUCUAACUUUUGCUCCCCACAUAUAUUGGUGCAUAUGCCCCUGCUGCCAGUUCACUGCUUGGCCUUUAAAGGACCAUUUUUGGUAGAUACUAAUCACCGCAGACUGGGAAUACUCCACACCACCUACUAUUUUGGAGAUGCUCUUACUCAGUUGUCUAGCUAUCACAUUUUGGCCCUUGUCAAAGUCUGUCAGAUCCUUAACACUUGCCCAUUUUUCCUGCUUCCACACAUCAUCUUCAAGAAUUGACUGUUCACUUGCUGGUUAAUAUAAUCCACCCCUUGAUAGGCACUGUUGUGACAAGAUAAUGUUACUCACUUCACCCGUCAGUGGUUUUAAUAUUGUGGCUGAUCAGUGUUUGUGUGUGUGUAUAUGCUAUUUAUAUAUACACUUACACCAUAUACACUGUAUAUGUAUGAGGUUUUAUACAGUAUAUAUUUAAUAUUAAUACCCUUGGCAAAAGCCACUUUAUUAAGGGAACUGAAAGUUCCUUUUGCUAGUUGCACUGCAAUAAUCUCUACAAUAUGUUUAUCAGUGACAAAAAGCCAAACAGAAGCUGUACUUUGUUUACUUUCCUAGUCAUGCUUACAGUGAAGGUGAAAUGACAGUUACCUUUAAUAUGAGACAAAAGAUAACCUCUACUUGUGUCCCAUUGAUUUUGUAUUUUGAUUGUAUCCGGCAUUCAGGCGAUGACGAAGCUCAAUUACCUCAGAAGUUAUAGAAAACUUCUGAGAGAAACCUUAUUGAUUCCGGUGUACCUAUUUGCAUCUCUUUGCAGAUGAGAGCUUUUUUAUCUCAAGUGGAAAAAAAAAAAGACUGUAAAGCCAGUAAAGAAAACAAAAACUUUAUUUUACUUUGUGUUUAAUUUAUAUCUUCCUCCCUCUCCCUGUGUUUCUUUCCUUCUUGUCUGGAGCUUGGGUAAUGGUGUCCUGUUCCAUUUUGAUGGCUGCAGCUUUCGUCAUUGUAAAAUAAAAUCUGCUUUGUAAAUUGCGUAGAGUAGCAAUAUUAUAUAACACUUGAUGAUUCAAUAUUUUAACUGUGUGACAGACUUUUUAAUAAUAAGAAAUUCUGAAGAAUAUGGCACUGCUUAAUGUCUGUGGGUGAACAUACUUUUUGUUGGUAGAACUAUCCCAAGGGAGAGGGAGUGUGAGCUGUCUAUCUGCGUCCUGUCCAGGUUGCCUUCCAUUCACCAACUCUUUACUAAUAUCUUUGUGGUUCUACCCAUUGUAUAAAAUUAUUGUGAUUUAUUUUUUUUAUGUGCAAUUCUCAUCAGCAUCACCAAACUAAUAAAGGGAAACACAUGUUUCAAAGUA